AUGUUUUUACGUUUCUUUUUUAUUCGAAUCGUACGAUGUAAGUUAUUGAUUGAUUGUUCUGAACGAUGGCGACACUUAAAUGGCGAUCGUAGAAAAGUGUUCCAUGCUGAUUCAUUUUCGUUUCGAAAGUCGAAACCUCGUAAGUCUGUUUCUCGGUCACCGUUGAAACUGCCCGCUGAAGAACUCGCACGUGAACUUGGACCACGAUAUCAAUCAAUUGAUGUACGUAUUGGAAAUCAAAAAUUCAUCUAUGAUAUAUCACAAGCUGGCUGGACAUCGGGCGGAACUGUUGGUACGCCAGUGACAUCGCGAGGAAUAUCGAGAUUGGAAAAAAACAAAAAGGAACUAGAAGAAGAUAAUAACGUUCUACGCACAAAAAUUGAUACACUAUUACAAAUGUUAGCUGAAAUUACGGCCGAAUAUGAUGUUCGACGUGGUGCUUAG